UGCAACAGAAAUGAAUAGCUAAUAAAUAAUAAUUACAAUAAAAUACUUAUUAUUUAUGGUAUCAGGAACACACGAUUAGAGAAAAAUCAUAUAAGAUAAGAUGAUCAUCAAAGACUACCUUAUAGACAAUGAUAAAAGACAGCUAUGGGUAACAGGUAUUAGUUUGUAUAAGCGUACACUCAUGUCCAUAGGCAUAUAAAUAUCUUUACAUGUAUAGGUAUGGUUGUGUCCAACUGUUUAUCCAAAAGGCUUAAACCUUAUUAUAUUACCAUAAAUUGAUAUCACACAAUCGAAUAAUAUACAAACUAAAAUAUCGAGUAUGCUUACAGUAAUAAACUUAUAAUAUUUUAUCAAUAAAUUAAAAAAAAAAAAGAAGUGGUAUUGAAAAGAUAAUAAUUAUUAAUAAGUCAUUGUAGAUUCUUCUAAGUUCGAGCCCUUAGUUCAGUACACCGUGAAAUUUAUAACGAUUAUACUCCUAAUAAUUUCUUAAUUUGUUACAAUGCACGCAAUUAAUAAAUAUUCUUUGUUCAAUGUAUCCAAAAAGUUAUGUGGUUGUUUCAAAUAUGCAUCUCAUUUUGUUUAUCAUCCUGAACAAAUUUCGAAUAAAUUUGGUAAAACUAAUAAAAAAAAUAUGUAUCAGGCAAUCAAUGAAGCUAUGGAUUUAGUGUUGAGUAAAGAUUCUAAUAGUGUUGUAUUUGGUGAAGAUGUUGGAUUUGGUGGUGUAUUUAGAUGUACUAGUGGUUUACGUGACCGGUAUGGUAAAGACCGUGUUUUUAACACACCACUGUGUGAACAAGGUAUUAUUGGCUUUGGAAUUGGUCUUGCUGUUGCUGGUACUACAGCAAUAGCAGAAAUCCAGUUUGCUGAUUACAUGUUUCCUGCAUUUGAUCAAUUGGUUAAUGAAGCAGCUAAAUAUCGUUACCGUUCUGGUAAUCUAUUUGAUUGUGGAAAACUUACUGUACGUACUCCUUGUUCUGCUGUUGGUCAUGGAGCACUUUAUCAUUCUCAAAGUCCUGAAAGUUUUUAUGCUCAUUCACCAGGACUCAAAAUUGUAAUUCCUCGUGGUGCCCAUAAAGCAAAAGGAUUACUUCUAUCUUGUAUCCGAGAUCCAAAUCCAUGCAUAUUUUUUGAGCCAAAAAUGAUGUACAGGUUAGCUGUAGAUGAUGUACCUGAUGAUGAUUAUGAAUUUCCAUUAGGAAAAGCUGAUGUUUUAAUCAAGGGUAGAGACAUCACAUUAAUUGGUUGGGGUACUCAAGUUCAUGUAUUACUUGAAGUUGCAGAAAUAGCUAACAAGGAUUUUGGAAUUUCUUGUGAAGUUAUUGAUUUAGUGACUAUAUUGCCUUGGGAUAAACAAACUGUUGCAAAUUCUGUGAAAAAAACUGGUCGUGUAAUAGUGUCUCAUGAAGCACCUUUAACUGGUGGAUUUGGUGCUGAAAUUGCUGCUUCAAUACAAGAAGAAUGUUUUCUUUAUUUAGAAUCUCCAAUACGGCGUGUUACUGGGUAUGACACUCCAUUUCCUCAUGUUUUUGAACAAUUUUACUUGCCCAACAAAUGGAAAUGUUUACAAGCUGUCAAAGAGUUAGUUAAUUAUUGA